AUGAUAGAGGAAUUUGGUCCUCAACCACCACAUAAAUGGUUAACUCUACCAGAUAUGGGUUACGUGAUAGAGAAUCGUUAUAAUAUUGUACUUGUCUGCAUUGGUUUUGUAAACACAAAUGUAGCAUUUUACUGCAUUGGUUUUGUAAACACAAAUCAUUGGAUUCAAGUAAACAUGAAAGAAGGGUUUCCAUUACCACCAGUGACAGUAGAUUGGAAGAAGUUUCGUUCUCCAGCAGCCACAUCUUGGAUGCUAGGAUUUGCAGGACGUCUACAAUAUUGGCAACAACUUACGCCUUUAUUACCAACGCAUUAUGAAUUAUAA